AUGGAGUCUCUUCAGGACGAUCGUGAUCUCUCUUUGACUGGCAUGCCUACUGAGAUUCUCUCAAUCAUCGUUAAUCUGACUGAUGCCGAGACCCUUAUUGCCUUGCGCCUCACAAACAAGCGUCUCUGCGCAAUCGCUAGCGGACCUUUGGCACUCGAAAAAUUCUCAGAACGCAAGCAUGUCGCGUCUCAGUACAGCAUGAAUGCCCUCAUUGAGAUCACAGCCCAUCCCUUCUUUGGAAAGUUUGUCAAGACUGUAACUGUCUGUGGCUCUCGUCCCAAACUGUUGAGCGGAUGCAGCGGUCCUGCACCUCAACAUCGUGUUCUGCGCUUCAGGCAACUACGCGACAAGCUCAAGUAUGUUUUCUCUAACAUCAAACGUAACUCCUCUUCGGUGUGUAUUGGGGCUGGCGACCAAGCAGACUAUUAUUGUUGGGGCUCGGAAGAUUAUGCCAGAUGUGUCGAUGGUAACGACUCGUUCAACCAUGAUCUACUUCAUACUCUUCAUGGACAAAGUAGUUCUCGUUAUAUGUCCAAGACUUUCGGAUACACUUUCCAAGCAGCUCAAACCGCUGGUUGCGACAUCGAAAAGGUCAAGAUCGACAUUUCUGACACCGAGAUGUCUGAGAUGCUCCAAGAUGGCUAUGGAGAAGAAGUUCAAGCCUUACUUCAAACCUACAUCAUCCCACUUUCCAAACCAUUAAGCCUCGAUCUGACGACUCGGAGUUAUUUCUAUGGGGAACGCCUCGAAUACGACAACAAAACAGGCAAGCUGUGUAUGUUGACGAUCCCACUGCAUUCUUUUCCUGACGACGAGUGCGACGCAUUUCCCAAUGUCCAGCCCAUGCUCAAUUGGCUCAAGGCCUUUCCAAUUACCCAAAUCGAAGUCAGAAAAUCUCUCGUCGCCAGCUCCGACCUCCUCAGUAUAUUCUGCGUUCCAAAACUUGAGCGUUUGACCUUACAUAAUAUCCAGUUGCACACAGGCGAAUUUGAGGUUAAUUUCUGGAGCACUUUCUUACUUCGGCUCUCCCGCUUGACCACGCUGAGAUACUUGGAGAUCUCGUUCGCUAGGUACUACUUCUCCAUCGAGGACCACUUUGUGUUGCCGAGCGGCAAUUACGACUUUGGGGAACAUUCCUCCCACACAAACUUUCGUUUGAUGUUCUCCGAAGAUGGUGAUGAGGCCGUGAUCCUGUCUGAUCACACCAGCAUCUCUGUAGAGCUCAAGGCACUUGCAGAUCGAGUGGCGCAGAUGGAACGCGACAAAGUUGCAGAGAUCGAAAGAGACGGCUACGUGCGUGACGACCUCGUCGGCAUCUCCACUUACGUCGAGUCAGAUGCGGAUGUCUACUACUACGUCGAAGAUGACGAGAGUGACAAGGCUAGCGAGGAUAAUGGUGAGCUCGAGGGAAACGAUGACGGAGACGAGCACGAGCACACUGCCCAAUUGCCCGCAAUCUGA